AUGGAUUUUCCUGUAUUUGUCUAUGUGUUAAUUGGCGUGUUUUGUAUGUUUUUCACGUGUACAUUCGGUUUGAUUUUUUGUCAACUUUGUAAAUCAUACAAUGGGUACGGUAAUAGAAUUACAGUUGGGUAUCCGACCAUGACUUCUCAAACCUCACCAGGAUUUGCAGGCCUAUCAACAACAGUGCAGUAUUCAUCAGGAACGGCACCAUCGGCUUUCAGUCAAGGGAUUACCCCUUCAGCACCCCCACCACCAUAUGCGGCGUCAAGUCAACACCCCACAUACAACCAGUCAACCGACUACAACCAACUACCAACAUACAAUCAAUCACAGUAUCCACCAGUUGGGAAUUUCGGCGCCGGAUUGCCAAUCCCUCAACAUGCGCCCUGGCAGCCUGGUCAAAUGAUGCGAGGUCAACCAACGAUUGCGUAUGCCUCUGGAACAUAUCGUAAAUGA